AUGCUGUUGCAGUGCAGUCUCAUCAGAAAAUCAGAAACAGCUGCGCAGAAGCGGCUGCGCAGGAACAGCUGCGCAGAAGCGGCUGCGCAGAAGCGGCUGCGCAGAAGCGGCUGCGCAGAAGCGGCUGCGCAGAAGCGGCUGCGCAGAAGCGGCUGCGCAGAAGCGGCUGCGCAGAAACGGCUGCGCAGAAACGGCUGCGCAGAAGCGGCUGCGCAGAAGCGGCUGCGCAGAAGCGGCUGCGCAGAAGCGGCUGCGCAGAAGCGGCUGCGCACAAGCGGCUGCGCACAAGCGGCUGCGCAGAAGCGGCUGCGCAGAAGCGGCUGCGCAGAAGCGGCUGCGCAGAAGCGGCUGCGCAGAAGCGGCUGCGCAGAAGCGGCUGCGCAGAAGCGGCUGCGCAGAAGCGGCUGCGCAGAAGCGGCUGCGCAGAAGCGGCUGCGCAGAAGCGCCUGCGCAGAAGCGGCUGCGCAGAAGCGGCUGCGCAGAAGCGGCUGCGCAGAAACGGCUGCGCAGAAACGGCUGCGCAGAAACGGCUGCGCAGAAACGGCUGCGCAGAAACGGCUGCGCAGCAGCGGCUGCGCAGAAGCGGCUGCGCAGAAGCGGCUGCGCAGAAGCGGCUGCGCAGAAACAGCUGCGCAGAUGCAGCUGCGCAGAAACAGCUGCGCAGAAACAGCUGCGCAGAAACAGCUGCGCAGAAACAACUGCGCAGAAGCGGCUGCGCAGAAGCGGCUGCGCAGAAGCGGCUGCGCAGAAGCGGCUGCGCAGAAGCGGCUGCGCAGAUGCAGCUGCGCAGAAACAGCUGCGCAGAAACAGCUGCGCAGAAACAGCUGCGCAGAAACAACUGCGCAGAAGCGGCUGCGCAGAAGCGGCUGCGCAGAAGCGGCUGCGCAGAAGCGGCUGCGCAGAAGCGGCUGCGCGGAAGCGGCUGCGCGGAAGCGGCUGCGCGGAAGCGGCUGCGCGGAAACGGCUGCGCGGAAACGGCUGCGCGGAAACGGCUGCGCGGAAGCGGCUGCGCGGAAGCGGCUGCGCGGAAGCGGCUGCGCGGAAGCGGCUGCGCAGAAGCGGCUGCGCAGAAGCGGCUGCGCAGAAGCGGCUGCGCAGAAGCGGCUGCGCAGAAGCGGCUGCGCAGAAGCGGCUGCGCAGAAGCGGCUGCGCAGAAACGGCUGCGCAGAAACGGCUGCGCAGAAACGGCUGCGCAGAAACGGCUGCGCAGAAACGGCUGCGCAGAAACGGCUGCGCAGAAACGGCUGCGCAGAAACGGCUGCGCAGAAGCAGCUGCGCAGAAGCAGCUGCGCAGAAGCAGCUGCUCAGAAGCAGCUGCGCAGAAGCAGCUGCGCAGAAGCAGCUGCGCAGAAGCAGCUGCGCAGAAGCAGCUGCGCAGAAGCAGCUGCGCAGAAGCAGCUGCGCAGAAACAGCUGCGCAGGAACAGCUGCGCAGGAACAGCUGCGCAGGAACAGCUGCGCAGGAACAGCUGCGCAGGAACAGCUGCGCAGGAACAGCUGCGCAGGAACAGCUGCGCAGGAACAGCCGCGCAGGAACAGCCGCGCAGGAACAGCCGCGCAGGAACAGCCGCGCAGGAACAGCCGCGCCGAAACAGCCGCGCCGAAACAGCCGCGCCGAAACAGCCGCGCCGAAACAGCCGCGCCGAAACAGCCGCGCCGAAACAGCCGCGCCGAAACAGCCGCGCCGAAACAGCCGCGCCGAAACUGCCGCGCCGAAACUGCCGCGCCGAAACUGCCGCGCCGAAACUGCCGCGCCGAAACUGCCGCGCCGAAACUGCCGCGCCGAAACUGCCGCGCCGAAACUGCCGCGCCGAAACUGCUGCGCCGAAACAGCUGCGCCGAAACAGCUGCGCCGAAACAGCUGCGCCGAAACAGCUGCGCAGAAACAGCUAGGCAUAAGCAGCUGCGCAGAAACAGCUGCGCAGAAACAGCUGCGCAGAAACAGAUGCGCAGAAACAGCUGCGCAGAAACAGCUGCGCAGAAACAGCUGCGCAGAAACAGCUGCGCAGAAACAGCUGCGCAGAAACAGCUGCGCAGAAACAGCUGCGCAGAGACAGCUGCGCAGAGACAGCUGCGCAGAGACAGCUGCGCAGAAACAGCUGCGCAGAAACAGCUGCGCAGAAACAGCUGCGCAGAAACAGCUGCGCAGAAACAGCUGCGCAGAAACAGCUGCGCAGAAACAGCUUCGCAGAAACAGCUGCGCAGAAACAGAUGCGCAGAAACAGCUGCGCAGAAACAGCUGCGCAGAAACAGCGGCGCAGAAACACUCUAUAGCCUCCGGUUACAGGAGCGUACCUCCAUGUUCAAUGUUUUUUGGGCAGUUGAACAUCUGCGCGGAGACGGCUGCGCAGAAGCGGCUGCGCAGAAGCGGCUGCGCGGAAGCGGCUGCGCGGAAGCGGCUGCGCGGAAGCGGCUGCGCGGAAGCGGCUGCGCGGAAGCGGCUGCGCGGAAACGGCUGCGCGGAAACGGCUGCGCGGAAACGGCUGCACGGAAACGGCUGCGCGGGAACGGCUGCGCGGGAACAGGUGCGCGGGAACAGGUGCGCGGGAACAGGUGCGCGGGAACAGCUGCGCAGGAACAGCUGCGCAGGAACAGCUGCACAGGAACAGGUGCGCAGGAACAGCUGCGCAGGAACAGCUGCGCAGGAACAGGUGCGCAGGAACAGGUGCGCAGAAACAGCGGCGCAGAAACAGCGGCGCAGAAACAGCGGCGCAGAAACAGCGGCGCAGAAACACUCUAUAGCCUCCGGUUACAGGAGCGUACCUCCAUGUUCAAUGUUUUUUGGGCAGUUGAACAUCUGCGCAGAAGCGGCUGCGCGGAAGCGGCUGCGCGGAAGCGGCUGCGCGGAAGCGGCUGCGCGGAAGCGGCUGCGCGGAAGCGGCUGCGCGGAAGCGGCUGCGCGGAAGCGGCUGCGCGGAAGCGGCUGCGCGGAAGCGGCUGCGCGGAAACGGCUGCGCGGAUACGGCUGCGCAGAAACGGCUGCGCAGAAACGGCUGCGCAGAAACGGCUGCGCAGAAACGGCUGCGCAGAAACGGCUGCGCAGAAACGGCUGCGCAGAAACGGCUGCGCAGAAACGGCUGCGCAGAAACGGCUGCGCAGAAACGGCUGCGCAGAAACGGCUGCGCAGAAACGGCUGCGCAGAAACAGCUGCGCAGAAACAGCUGCGCAGAAACAGCUGCGCAGAAACAGCUGCGCAGAAACAGCUGCGCAGAAACAGCUGCGCAGAAGCAGCUGCGCAGAAACAGCUGCGCAGAAACAGCUGCGCAGAAACAGCUGCGCAGAAACAGUGCGCAGAAACAGCUGCGCAGAAACAGCUGCGCAGAAACAGCUGCGCAGAUACAGCUGCGCAGAUACAGCUGCGCAGAUACAGCUGCGCAGAAACAGCUGCGCAGAAACAGCUGCGCAGAAACAGCUGCGCAGAAACAGCUGCGCAGAAACAGCUGCGCAGAAACAGCUGCGCAGGAACAGCUUCGCGGAAACAGCUGCGCAGGAACAGCUGCGCAGGAACAGCUGCGCAGGAACAGCUGCGCAGAAACAGCUGCGCAGGAACAGCUGCGCAGGAACAGCUGCGCAGGAACAGCUGCGCAGGAACAGCUGCGCAGAAACAGCUGCGCAGGAACAGCUGCGCAGGAACAGCUGCGCAGGAACAGCUGCGCAGAAACAGCUGCGCAGAAACAGCUGCGCAGAAACAGCUGCGCAGAAACAGCUGCGCAGAAACAGCUGCGCAGAAACAGCGGCGCAGGAACAGCGGCGCAGAAACAGCGGCGCAGAAACACUCUAUAGCCUCCGGUUACAGGAGCGUACCUCCAUGUUCAAUGUUUUUUGGGCAGUUGAACAUAAACGGCUGCGCAGAAACGGCUGCGCAGGAACAGCUGCGCAUAAGCGGCUGCGCAUAAGCGGCUGCGCAGAAGCGGCUGCGCUGAAGCGGCUGCGCAGAAGCGGCUGCGCAGAAGCGGCUGCGCAGAAGCGGCUGCGCAGAAGCGGCUGCGCAGAAGCGGCUGCGCAGAAGCGGCUGCGCAGAAGCGGCUGCGCAGAAGCGGCUGCGCAGAAGCGGCUGCGCAGUAGCGGCUGCGCAGUAGCGGCUGCGCAGAAGCGGCUGCGCAGAAGCGGCUGCGCAGAAGCGGCUGCGCAGAAGCGACUGCGCAGAAGCGGCUGCGCAGAAGCGGCUGCGCAGAAGCGGCUGCGCAGAAGCGGCUGCGCAGAAACGGCUGCGCAGAAACGGCUGCGCAGAAACGGCUGCGCAGAAGCGGCUGCGCAGAAGCGGCUGCGCAGAAGCGGCUGCGCAGAAGCGGCUGCGCAGAAGCGGCUGCGCAGAAGCGGCUGCGCAGAAGCGGCUGCGCAGAAGCGGCUGCGCAGAAGCGGCUGCGCAGAAGCGGCUGCGCAGAAGCGGCUGCGCAGAAGCGGCUGCGCAGAAGCGGCUGCGCAGGAACGGCUGCGCAGAAACGGCUGCGCAGAAACGGCUGCGCAGAUACGGCUGCGCAGAAACGGCUGCGCAGAAACGGCUGCGCAGAAACGGCUGCGCAGAUACGGCUGCGCAGAAACGGCUGCGCAGAAACGGCUGCGCAGAAACGGCUGCGCAGAAACGGCUGCGCAGAAACGGCUGCGCAGGAACGGCUACGCAGGAACGGCUGCGCAGGAACGGCUGCGCAGGAACGGCUGCGCAGGAACGGCUGCGCAGGAACGGCUGCGCAGGAACGGCUUCGCAGAAGCGGCUGCGCAGAAGCGGCUGCGCAGAUGCGGCUGCGCAGAAGCGGCUGCGCAGAAACGGCUGCGCAGAAGCGGCUGCGCAGAAGCGGCUGCGCAGAAGCGGCUGCGCAGAAGCGGCUGCGCAGAAGCGGCUGCGCAGAAGCGGCUGCGCAGAAGCGGCUGCGCAGAAGCGGCUGCGCAGAAGCGGCUGCGCAGAAACGGCUGCGCAGAAACGGCUGCGCAGAAACGGCUGCGCAGAAACGGCUGCGCAGAAACGGCUGCGCAGAAACGGCUGCGCAGGAACGGCUGCGCAGGAACGGCUGCGCAGAAACGGCUGCGCAGAAACGGCUGCGCAGAAACGGCUGCGCAGAAACGGCUGCGCAUAAACGGCUGCGCAGAAACGGCUGCGCAGAAACGGCUGCGCAGAAACGGCUGCGCAGAAACGGCUGCGCAGAAACGGCUGCGCAGAAACGGCUGCGCAGAAACGGCUGCGCAGAAACAGCUGCGCAGAAACAGCUGCGCAGAAACAGCUGCGCAGGAACAGCUGCACAGAAACAGCUGCGCAGAAACAGCUGCGCAGAAACAGCUGCGCAGGAACAGCUGCGCAGGAACAGCUGCGCAGAAACAGCUGCGCAGGAACAGCUGCGCAGGAACAGCUACGCAGGAACAGCUGCGCAGGAACAGCUGCGCAGGAACAGCUGCGCAGGAACAGCUGCGCAGGAACAGCUGCGCAGGAACAGCUGCGCAGAAACAGCUGCGCAGGAACAGCUGCGCAGAAACAGCUGCGCAGGAACAGCUGCGCAGAAACAACUGCGCAGAAACAACUGCGCAGAAACAGCUGCGCAGGAACAGCUGCGCAGGAACAGCUGCGCAGAAACAGCUGCGCAGAAACAGCUUCGCAGAAACAGCUGCGCAGAAACAGCUGCGCAGAAACAGCUGCGCAGGAACAGCUGCGCAGGAACAGCUGCGCAGAAACAGCUGCGCAGAAACAGCUGCGCAGAAACAGCUGCGCAGGAACAGCUGCGCAGAAACAGCUGCGCAGAAACAGCUGCGCAGAAACAGCUGCGCAGAAACAGCUGCGCAGAAACAGCUGCGCAGAAACAGCUGCGCAGAAACAGCUGCGCAGAAACAGCUGCGCAGAAACAGCUGCGCAGAAACAGCUGCGCAGAAACAGCUGCGCAGAAACAGCUGCGCAGGAACAGCUGCGCAGGAACAGCUGCGCAGGAACAGCUGCGCAGGAACAGCUGCGCAGGAACAGGUGCGCAGGAACAGGUGCGCAGGAACAGGUGCGGAGGAACAGGUGCGCAGGAACAGCUGCGCAGGAACAGGUGCGCAGGAGCAGGUGCGCAGGAACAGCUGCGCAGGAACAGCUGCGCAGGAACAGCUGCGCAGGAACAGCUGCGCAGGAACAGCUGCGCAGGAACAGCUGCGCAGGAACAGCUGCGCAGGAACAGCUGCGCAGGAACAGGUGCGCAGGAACAGCUGCGCAGAAACAGCUGCGCAGAAACAGCUGCGCAGAAACAGCUGCGCAGAAACAGCUGCGCAGAAACAGCUGCGCAGAAACAGCUGCGCAGAAACAGCUGCGCAGAAACAGCUGCGCAGAAACAGCUCCGCAGAAACAGCUGCGCAGAGACAGCUGCGCAGAGACAGCUGCGCAGAUACAGCUGCGCAGAAACAGCUGCGCAGAAACAGCUGCGCAGAAACAGCUGCGCAGAAACAGCUGCGCAGAAACAGCUGCGCAGAAACAGCUGCGCAGAAACAGCUGCGCAGAAACAGCUGCGCAGAAACAGAUGCGAAGAAACAGCUGCGCAGAAACAGCUGCGCAGAAACACCUGCGCAGAAACAGCGGCGCAGAAACAGCGGCGCAGAAACAGCUGCGCAGGAACAGCUGCGCAGAAACAGCUGCGCAGAAACAGCUGCGCAGGAACAGCUGCGCAGGAACAGCUGCGCAGAAACAGCUGCGCAGAAACAGCUGCGCAGAAACAGCUGCGCAGGAACAGCUGCGCAGGAACAGCUGCGCAGAAACAGCUGCGCAGAAACAGCUGCGCAGAAACAGCUGCGCAGGAACAGCUGCGCAGGAACAGCUGCGCAGAAACAGCUGCGCAGAAACAGCUGCGCAGAAACAGCUGCGCAGAAACAGCUGCGCAGAAACAGCUGCGCAGAGACAGCUGCGCAGAAACAGCUGCGCAGAAACAGCUGCGCAGAAACAGCUGCGCAGAAACAGCUGCGCAGAAACAGCUGCGCAGAAACAGCUGCGCAGAAACAGCUGCGCAGAAACAGCUGCGCAGAAACAGCGGCGCAGAAACAGCGGCGCAGAAACAGCGGCGCAGAAACACUCUAUAGCCUCUGGUUACAGGAGCGUACCUCCAUGUUCAAUGUUUUUUGGGCAGUUGAACAUGUAAAGUUGAAUCCCGUACGCGCGUGGUGCGCGGGAACAGCUGCGCAGGAACAGCUGCGCAGGAACAGCUGCGCAGGAACAGCUGCGCAGGAACAGGUGCGCAAAAACAGGUGCGCAAAAACAGGUGCGCAGGAACAGCUGCGCAGGAACAGCUGCGCAGGAACAGCUGCGCAGGAACAGCUGCGCAGAAACAGCUGCGCAGGAACAGCUGCGCAGGAACAGCUGCGCAGAAACAGCUGCGCAGAAACAGCUGCGCAGAAACAGCUGCGCAGAAACAGCUGCGCAGAAACGGCUUCGCAGAAACGGCUGCGCAGAAACGGCAGCGCAGGAACGGCUGCGCAGAAACGGCUGCGCAGAAACGGCUGCGCAGAAACGGCUGCGCAGAAACGGCUGCGCAGAAACGGCUGCGCAGAAACGGCUGCGCAGAAACGGCUGCGCAGAAACGGCUGCGCAGAAACAGCUGCGCAGAAACAGCUGCGCAGAAACAGCUGCGCAGAAGCAGCUGCGCAGAAGCAGCUGCGCAGAAGCAGCUGCGCAGAAGCAGCUGCGCAGAAGCAGCUGCGCAGAAGCAGCUGCGCAGAAACAGCUGCGCAGAAACAGCUGCGCAGAAACAGCUGCGCAGAUACAGCUGCGCAGAAACAGCUGCGCAGAAACAGCUGCGCAGAAACAGCUGCGCAGGAACAGCUGCGCAGGAACAGCUGCGCAGGAACAGCUGCGCAGGAACAGCUGCGCAGGAACAGCUGCGCAGAAACAGCUGCGCAGGAACAGCUGCGCAGGAACAGCUGCGCAGGAACAGCUGCGCAGGAACAGCUGCGCAGGAACAGCUGCGCAGAAACAGCUGCGCAGAAACAGCUGCGCAGAAACAGCUGCGCAGGAACAGCUGCGCAGGAACAGCUGCGCAGGAACAGCUGCGCAGGAACAGCUGCGCAGGAACAGCUGCGCAGGAACAGCUGCGCAGGUACAGCUGCGCAGGAACAGCUGCGCAGGAACAGCUGCGCAGGAACAGCUGCGCAGGAACAGCUGCGCAGGAACAGCUGCGCAGGUACAGCUGCGCAGGAGCAGCUGCGCAGGAACAGCUGCGCAGGAACAGCUGCGCAGAAACAGCUGCGCAGGAACAGCUGCGCAGAAACAGCUGCGCAGAAACAGCUGCGCAGGAACAGCUGCGCAGGAACAGCUGCGCAUGAACAGCUGCGCAGGAACAGCUGCGCAGGAACAGCUGCGCAGAAACAGCUGCGCAGAAACAGCUGCGCAGAAACAGCUGCGCAGGAACAGCUGCGCAGGAACAGCUGCGCAGGAACAGCUGCGCAGGAACAGCUGCGCAGAAACUGCUGCGCAGAAACUGCUGCGCAGAAACAGCUGCGCAGAAACAGCUGCGCAGGAACAGCUGCGCAGGAACAGCUGCGCAGGAACAGCUGCGCAGGAACAGCUGCGCAGGAACAGCUGCGCAGGAACAGCUGCGCAGGAACAGCUGCGCAGAAACAGCUGCGCAGGAACAGCUGCGCAGAAACAGCUGCGCAGGAACAGCUGCGCAGAAACAACUGCACAGAAACAACUGCGCAGAAACAGCUGCGCAGGAACAGCUGCGCAGAAACAGCUGCGCAGAAACAGCUGCGCAGAAACAGCUUCGCAGAAACAGCUGCGCAGAAACAGCUGCGCAGAAACAGCUGCGCAGGAACAGCUGCGCAGGAACAGCUGCGCAGAAACAGCUGCGCAGAAACAGCUGCGCAGGAACAGCUGCGCAGAAACAGCUGCGCAGAAACAGCUGCGCAGGAACAGCUGCGCAGAAACAGCUGCGCAGAAACAGCUGCGCAGAAACAGCUGCGCAGAAACAGCUGCGCAGAAACAGCUGCGCAGAAACAGCUGCGCAGGAACAGCUGCGCAGAAACAGCUGCGCAGGAGCAGCUGCGCAGGAACAGCUGCGCAGGAACAGCUGCGCAGGAACAGCUGCGCAGGAACAGCUGCGCAGGAACAGGUGCGCAGGAACAGGUGCGCAGGAACAGGUGCGGAGGAACAGGUGCGCAGAAACAGCUGCGCAGGAGCAGGUGCGCAGGAACAGCUGCGCAGGAACAGCUGCGCAGGAACAGCUGCGCAGGAACAGGUGCGCAGGAACAGCUGCGCCGAAACAGCCGCGCCGAAACAGCCGCGCCGAAACAGCCGCGCCGAAACAGCCGCGCCGAAACUGCCGCGCCGAAACUGCCGCGCCGAAACUGCCGCGCCGAAACUGCCGCGCCGAAACUGCCGCGCCGAAACUGCCGCGCCGAAACUGCCGCGCCGAAACUGCUGCGCCGAAACUGCUGCGCCGAAACAGCUGCGCCGAAACAGCUGCGCCGAAACAGCUGCGCCGAAACAGCUGCGCAGAAACAGCUAGGCAUAAGCAGCUGCGCAGAAACAGCUGCGCAGAAACAGCUGCGCAGAAACAGAUGCGCAGAAACAGCUGCGCAGAAACAGCUGCGCAGAAACAGCUGCGCAGAAACAGCUGCGCAGAAACAGCUGCGCAGAAACAGCUGCGCAGAAACAGCUGCGCAGAGACAGCUGCGCAGAGACAGCUGCGCAGAGACAGCUGCGCAGAAACAGCUGCGCAGAAACAGCUGCGCAGAAACAGCUGCGCAGAAACAGCUGCGCAGAAACAGCUGCGCAGAAACAGCUGCGCAGAAACAGCUGCGCAGAAACAGCUUCGCAGAAACAGCUGCGCAGAAACAGAUGCGCAGAAACAGCUGCGCAGAAACAGCUGCGCAGAAACAGCGGCGCAGAAACACUCUAUAG